GAAAAGGGGUGCCCGAGACGUAAAGCUUGUGCAACAUGGCGACUCUCCGAAGAGACUACGGAGAGUGGAGAUACAACCGCUUUUAAACCAGAAAAUCCAUAUAUUUGUGCCUUGUACAAUGUGGCGGGUUUAGCCCAAGCUACGACAUCUACAACAUUGUAAACGAUGUUUGCAGAGGCCAGUCUGUCUGUGUGGGGAUGGGGGGGUCUAGGAGUGGUGCUGUUCCUCAUCACUUUCGGACCCUUCGCUAUCUUCUACCUGGCCUUCUAUAUCUGCUGCGUUGUAGGCGGUGGUUUUGCGGUAACUCUGUUGUUUGGGAAGACUAACUCAGAGAGACAUCUAGAGAAGUGUGAACACUCCUACCUGCCAGCCACGCAAACGGGUAUACUGAAGACGUUGGAUGAGAUGAGGUUGGAUCAGAAGCCUAUAAAGAUAGACAGGAGACUGACUGGCUCCAACUACAUAGACGAGCCUCUGCAACAGGUCAUCCAGUUUGCAUUGAGAGAUUAUAUUCAGUAUUGGUAUUACACUCUGAGUGAGGAUGAGUCUUUCCUGCUGGAAAUCAGACAGACUGUCCAGAACGCUCUGGUCCAGUUCUCUACACGGUCUAAAGAGGUGGACUGGCAGCCUUAUUUCACCACCAGACUCGUGGAUGACUUCGCUACUCACCUCCGAGUCUUCAGAAAGGCCCAGGACAGACUGGAGCGCAGGGAUGACAAUAAACAGAGGGACUUGUCGGAGGAGAUGGUGGAGUCAUUCUUUGAGGCGGAGGUAGAGAUGGAGAGGAACGUCUGCAGAGACGUGGUCUGCACCUCCCUGAAGGAUGAAGAAGGGUUCCUGAGGGACUUGUGUGAGGUGCUGCUCUACCUUUUACUACCUCCUGGAGACUUCCACAACAAGAACAUGAGAUACUUCCUUAGGGAGAUUCUGGCGCGAGGUGUUCUCCUUCCCCUGGUCAACCAGCUGAGUGAUCCUGAUUACAUCAACCAGUUUGUUAUCUGGAUGAUUCGGGACUCUAGCUGUAACUACGAGGCAUUUAUGAACAUCUUGAAGCUGACAGACAAAGUGUCUGAGCUGGAGGCUGUUAAAGACAAGGCCCUGGAGGAACUACAGCACCUACGAUCACUGGACACCGCAGGAGACGAUAUCAAUGUUAUAAAGAAUCAGAUCAACAGUCUGUUGUUUGUGAAGAAGGUCUGUGAGACCAGGAUACAGAGGCUACAGUCAGGGAAGGAAGUGGAUACUCUAAAACUAGCAGCUAAUUUCGGCAAGCUGUGCAUCAUACCGCUGGAACACAUCCUUGUUCACAACAUCGCCUUGCAAUUCUUUAUGGACUACAUGCAGGCGGCUGGGGCCCAGGCAGAGCUGUUCUUCUGGCUGACAGUGGAGGGCUACAGAGUAACAGCCCAGCAACAACUAGAGGUGAUGGAGGGAUGGCAGAAGGAUGGAAAGAAGGGAGGUUCCACUAAAGGACUGCUGAAGGCUGCAGCACUAGGGGUCUAUGAACAGUACCUGUCUGAUAAGGCGUCCCCCAGGGUGCAGGUAGAUGAGGUGUCUGUAGUCAAACUGAGAGAGAAGCUACAGAAGGAAGGAGACCCCACGCCAGAGAUAUUCGACGACAUCCAGAGAAAAGUGUAUGACAUGAUGCUUCGUGAUGAGAGGUACUACCCGUCGUUCAAACAGAGUCCCCUCUACAUCAGGAUGUUAGCUGAACUGGACAUGCUCAAAGAACCGUCUUAUAGAGGAUCAGAUGACGGAGAUGGAGAAUCGUUCAACGGUUCUCCAACAGGAAGCAUUAAUCUAUCUCUGGAUGACCUUUCGAAUUCCUGCCAUGACGAAAAUAUACAGCUACACGCCUUCAUCUCUGACACAGGGGUGUGUAAUGACCACGGCAAGACCUACGCCCUCUACGCCAUCACUGUGUGCCGCCGUAACCACGACGGCAGCGAGGACUCCUGGAAAACCUACCGACGCUACUCUGACUUCCACGACUUCCACAUGAGGAUCACGGAGCAGUUUGAGAACUUGAUGUCGAUCCUGAAGCUGCCAGGGAAGAAGACGUUCAACAACAUGGACAGAGACUUCCUGGAGAAGAGGAAAAAAGACCUCAACGCAUACCUACAGCUGCUGCUGAAUCCAGAGAUGGUGAAGGCCUGUCCUACUCUGGUCCCCUAUGUCUAUGACUUCCUGGAGAAUAAGCAAUACAGCAAGGGCAAGGGAGACUUCGCACGCAAGAUGGAUACGUUUGUGAACCCUUUGCGUAGCUCGAUGCGUAACGUGUCCAACGCAGUGAAGAGACUGCCAGAUAGUCUGGCUGAAGGGAUGAACUCUGCUGCUGACAACAUGGGACGCAUGUCAGAGAAACUGGGACAGGACAUCAAACAGUCCAUGUUCAAGGUGCCUCCACUGCUCCCCAAGUCUGACGUUGACCCAGAGCACUGCCGAGUCUCAGCCCAGCUGGACGACAACGUGGAUGAUAACAUCCCCCUGCGUGUGAUGCUGCUGCUGAUGGAUGAGGUGUUUGACCUGAAGGAGAGGAACCAGUGGCUUCGCAGGAACAUCAAGAACCUUCUGCAGCAACUCAUCAGAGCCACAUACGGAGACACUAUCAACAGGUACUGUACACACACACACACUCACCAGUGCCACAUACAGAGAUCUGACUGUAUUUUCUUCCCCUCUGGUCUCUGCAGGAAGAUUGUUGAUCAUGUGGACUUCAUGACAGCUCCAGAACAGGUGGCAGACUACGUCAAGAAGUUCAGGGAUUCAUACUGGCCCAACGGAAUCCUAGCAGAGUCUCCGCCCCGCCGGGACAAGAACAUCCGCAUGAGGACACGGGUCGCCGCCAAGACCAACCUAUUGGGAAUCAUGCCAGAUGAGUUGAAGCACAUCAUAGGGGCGGAUACGACUCGUAAAGGCAUCCUGCGUGUGUUUGACAUGUUCCAACAUGGACCAAUGAAUCGACGGCUGGUCUACGUGCUGCUAGAAGGUUUCCUGGAGACCAUGUUCCCUCAGUACAAGUUCCCAGAGCUGUUUGUCAAACUGCACUCCCGUUCGCCGCGCACAGCCAGAUACACACAGAAACUCAAGAGCACCUCCCUGAAGAGGUGACAGGAGACUGGGAUUGGGCAGGGUACUUGGUGACACACACUCGCUCACACGCCGUGAGAGAACAGAGGGAGGAGGAGAGUAGUGGGGAGGGUGUGUAUGUGUGCUGGUGAGAAGAGGUGUGCGUGUCCUUCUUUCUAUGUCAAGAGGUGCUUUUUGGGCCAUCCGAGCACUUAACUCUUCCCUCCUCUCCCCUACAUGCCUCUCACACUGUCCUCUACUCACUCACACACACCCUCUCCUCUCGUGUGCACAGUUUAGAGACCGCAUUUGGGUUUUAUUUUAUUUUUGUACUUUUUAUUUCCUACUAGACUAUUUUAUUGUAGAUGUGUGGUCAGACUGACAGCUGCUCUGAUAUACACAGCAGCUGAUCUCCGUUACUGAUACCAGAGAGCAGAGCUAUGUAUAGAGAAAUACAUGGGUCGUUCCAUGUAAUGAGUCCCUUUUGGGUAGUGUUUCCCAAACUCUGUCCUGGGUUCACAAUGAUUUCCCCCCCCCCCCCC